UCAUGCCCAUAUUCUCCUUUUUUGCAGACGCUGACUGGUUACGAUUAAGGUGGUACUGAAGACCAAACUUGUGAUAGCUUUUUGCUGUAAUGCAAUCUUAUGAUGCCUAGUUAUAUGCAUUAUAAGUCGAUGUAUCGAGUUGUAUGACCAUUUUAUUUCUAGUGACUUUUGCGAACGAUUAAAUUUGUGCUGAAAUUUUAAUUCCUCUGCACAGUGACUGCAACUUUAUAUACAAUCUUGAAGUAAACUGCUUCCAGUGACAGAAUCAAGCGUAUAUAGUGGAUCAUAAUUCAACGUCCCCGCAAGCGUCUCUCAAUUGGAUUGGCCUGUGGCUAUAGACGGCUGCGUUGUUCUGAAUAACAGAGGACAAUUGAGUGGAUAAGAUGGAUAUUAAAACAUUCAAAGUGUGCGUGGGACUGGGACCAAGGGCGCUGGUGCUGAUGGUGCUCGCGUCCAUCGUACUUCUGACGUCGGCCACUCCGCUCAUCUACCCCGACACCGCAGCGCUCGGCCAGCGCCUCUACAAAAGAGCUCCCGGCGAGGGCUACGGCAGCCCUCAGCUGUACAGCCACUACAACAGCCGCGGCGGAGUGAGGGGCGGCAUGUCUUAUGGGCCUCAGGGUUACGGACCACGGCAGUUCAACAGAAAAGAGAGCAUGGAGUGCCCCGACUUCGAGCCGUUCCGGUGCCCUCACGGCAACGGCUGCAUCAGCAUCCAGUACCUCUGCGACGGCGCACCAGACUGCCCUGGUGGGCACGACGAGAAGACGACUCUCUGCACUGCUGCCAAGCGCCCGCCGGUGGAAGAGACCGCCUCGUUCUUGAACAGCCUGUUGGCCUCGCAUGGGCCAAACUACCUCGAGAAACUCUUCGGCGUCAAGGCGCGUAAUGCGCUCAAGAAGAUGGGUGGCGUCCGCAACGUGGCAAUCGCACUAUCUCAAUCACAGACCAUCGAUGAGUUCGGCCACACUCUGAGCCUGGAGAAGAACGACGUAGAUCACCUGCGAAGCGUGUUCAUGGCUGUCGAGAACGGCGACAUCGGUCUGCUGAAGAGCCUCGGCAUCAAAGACUCUGAGCUCGGAGACGUCAAGUUCUUCUUGGAGAAGCUUGUCAACACAGGCUUCCUUGACUAGAUGUGGCUUGUCAACACAGGCUUCCUUGACUAGACGUGGCUUGUCAACACAGGCUUCCUUGACUAGACGAGGCUUGUACACACAGGCUUCCUUGACUAGGCGUAUAAUCCCCUGACGCCUUCCAAUGAAAGUAUAUGAUGACGAUAUCUAAGCUCUUUUUUGCAUCGAAAUUUCGUUUUGAGGUUCUGAUUCAUGGUAUUGAGUUGUGCAUUAGAGUAAUAUUUAACUUGUAUUGCUUGCGGAUUCGAAAAGAUUUUUGUGCUAACGUAAACCACAACCGUAGUAGCGGAUGGCUUAUAAAGUUUCAAAUAAUUGAAAAUUUUUGUAACUUAGUUGGUGAAAAGUUAAAUCCUUAAACAUUAGCACUCGUAACAUGAAGUGAGAUUGUAUUUACUACUGAUUUAAUACCAAGCAUUACAUUCACCUAAAGUUUUAACCCAUAUCGUAGUUAGAAUUGAAUGGCCUUCUGUUUCAUUAUCCUAUACUUUAAUAUUUGAUUUCCAUACAAAUUCUGGUGAAGCUCUCUCUGAAUUGAGUCAAAUAUUUUAUUUUAAAUUUAUGGUAUUUUUUUGCUAUGUUUGUCAUUGGGAGAUCAACAUGACAUGAAAUUAAUAACGUCAUUUUUGUAUUUAACGAACGAAAAUACAAUUGAGAAGUAUUCAAAUUUAAGAGUGGCUGUCACUUUUUGAAGGAUGAAUUAGAAAUUUAGUGAGGCAUGCUUUAUAAAACCAAUAUGCAGGAAAAUUUUAUUUCAAAUGUUUUGAAAUUUUUAGUAAAAUUCAAUUUCCCAUUUGAAACCACCUCUAACCAUGUUGUCUGAAUCACAGAUUAAAUUUGUCGUUACAAGAAAUUUUAUUCUCUCAUAAAUGCUCCGUAUUCUUACCUAAGUCCCAAAUAGAGAGGUUAUGAGUUCACACCAGUUCGAAUGAUUUAGAUAUUAGAACGAAUAUUUUCAAGCUGGCUCUGUGCUGGUUAAAUAGUUUUAUGAAAAUAAUUCAUGUUUUUUUGCACUUAUUUCUUAGCCUUGGGCACAAUUCUUGCCAAGCAAUGCACAAACUCCACAUUGUCUCUUUAGAUUUCAAGUGACAUUUUAGAAUUGGUGUCACCUGUUGAUGUUUUAGCUGAGAUAACUGUAGCGGUCAUGGCAGAUUGCAUGCCCAGUCUUGGUGGAUUUCUUUCUAGAUGUUCUAGUCACUAGAAUACGGCUAGCACUUUAGCAGCAUGCUAGUCGUUUCUAUUGAAUUUUAUUAGUGUUUUAAUGUCGGCCAUCCUUUUCAUCAAGCCUAUUGCAGCCUUUAGUGGCUGUGAACGUUCAAUUUUAGAACUUUGAUUUUUGCUCCUACACUUCCUCUAGUACACGUUAAUAUUGCA